UGGCUUUCGCGGGGCCCGCCCUCCUCCAGCACGCGGCGCGGCCGUUGUCGCCUGAGGGGAGCGAGGCGGUGCCUCGGGGGCAGCGCGCGCCCAACGGCACCAACGGCCCCGCAGCCCCUCAGCGGCCCCCGCACCACCUCAGGGGCCCCCUUAGCCCCCCACGGCCCCGCAACCCCUCAGGGGCCCCCUUAGCCCCUCACGGCCCCGCAACCCCUCAGGGGCCCCCUUAACCCUUCACGGCCCCGCACCACCUCAGGGGCCCCCUUAGCCCCUCACGGCCCCGCAACCCCUCAGGGGCCCCCUUAGCCCCUCACGGCUCCGCAGCCCUUCAGGGGCCCCCUUAACCCCUCGCGGCCCCGCAACCCCUCAGGGGCCUCCGCAGUCCCUCAGGGGUCCCCUCAGCCCCCCAGCCGCGCAGGGCCACCCUGCGGAGCCAGCGCCGGUGCUCGGGAGGGACGCGAGGAGCCGAGCUCACCCCGGCGGGAAGGCGGCAGGCGGGCCGCGGGCUUCCCUCAGUAGGUGGCCAGUAGCUGUGACCGGAUUUUCCCCGAAAGCGCUCGGUUCCCACUCGCAACUCAGCUGCCCCAGUGAUAGAGAAGUAAUAGAGAUCAUGGGGAAACUGGGCUUUGAGAAGGCUUGGAUUAAAGAGGAGCAACAAGAGCAGAAGGAUGAGGGAAAACUACCGAUGAAUGAAGAAGAAAUACAGAGGUACGUAGAGAAAUUACACAGCUACAUAGAAAAAAUGCAGAGGAAUGAAGAAGAAAUGCGGGAGAACAAAGAAAAAAUGCGGAAGAACGAAGAAAAGAUACAGGAGAUCGAUGAAAAAAUACAGGAGAUCAAAGAAAAAAUACAGGAGAACGAAGUAAAAAUACAGGAGGACAAAGAAAAAAUACAGCAGAUCAAAGAAAAGAUACGGAACAAUGAAAUAAAAAUACAGAUGAACAAAGAAAAACAGGAAAAGAAAGAAAGAUUGCUGAAAAAUGUGGGAAAACUACAGAAAAAUGAAGUAAAAACAGAGAACGAAAUAAAAAUAGAGGAGUUCAUGGAUAAAAUACAGGCAACCAAAGAAAAAAUAAGGAAGAACAAAUCAAAAGUACUGAAGGACGAAGAAGGAAUGCAAAUCAAAGAAGGAAUUAAGAACAAGAGAAAAGUACAGGAGCUAGACAAAAAAAUACAGGAGCUUGACAAAAAAAUGCAGGAGCUUGACGAAAAAAUGCAGGAGGGUAGAGAAAAAAUACAGCAGCUCAAAGAAAAGAUACGGAACAAUGAAAUAAAAAUAGAGACAAACAAAGAAAAAAUACAGGAAAAGAAAGAAAGAAGGCUGAAGACAGAGAAUGAAAUACAGGAGUUCAAAGAAAAAAUACAGGCGAUCAAAGAAAAAAUGAGGAGGAACAAAGAAAUGCAGAUCAAAGAAAAAACACAUCAGAUCAAAGGAAAGAUACAGGAGCUCGAUGAAAAUAUACAGGAGAAUGAAAUAAAAAUGCAGGAUGACAGAGAAGAAGUACAGCAGAUCAAAGAAAAGAUACAGAAGAAUGAAAUAAUAAUGCAGAUGAUCAAAGAAAAAAUACAGGAAAAUGAAGAAAGAAGGCUGAAGAUUCUGGAAAACAGACAGAAAAAUGAAGCAAAACCAGAGAAUGAAAUAAAAAUACAGGAGGACAAUAAAAUAGAGCAGAUCAAAGAAAAGUUACGGAAAAAUGAAAUAAAAUUAGAGAUGAUCAAAGAAAAAAUACAGGAAGAGGAAGAAAGAAGGCUGAAGAGUGCGGAAAAAAUACCGAAGAUUGAAGAAGAAAUGCAGAUCAAAGAAAAAAUUAGGAAGAACAAAGAAAAAAUACAGAAGCUCAACAGAAAAAUACAGGAGCUUGACGAAAAAAUACAGAAGAAUACAGAGAACGAAAUAAAAAUACAGGAGAUGAAAGAAAAAAUAAAGGCAGCCAAAGGAAAAAUGAAGAACAAAGAAAAUAGCAAAAUACCAAAGAAUGAAACCAAAAUACUGGAGAGUGAAGUAAAAACAGAGAACGAAAUGGAAAUUCGUAAGAAUGAAAUAAAAAUACGGGAGAUCAAAGAAAAAAUACGGAAGAACAAAUUAAAAAUACAGGAAAACAAAGAGAGAAUACCGAAGAGUGAGGAAAUAACAGAGAACAAAAUAAAAAUACGUAGGAAAGAAGAAAAAAUACAGGAGAUCGAGGAAAAAAUGCAGAAGAUCAAAGACGAAAUGCGGAAGAUUGAAGAAAAAAUACAGAAGAACAAAAUAAGAUUACAGGUCAGAGUCUACUCAUCCCUGUUUGGAGAUAAGCAGAAGACCACAGAAAUACCUUCCAAGGAAGCUGUGGACAAAGAGGAGACAAUACUGCAACUACAACCCUGUGAAUAUAGAGCAAAAGGGGAGCUUCAUGCAUCUCAUGCACAACUCUUCAGCCCAGUUGACCUUUUCUCCCCCAAAGACCUAUGCUGUUGACACAUCUGGGACAAUGUCCCAGGUCAUUACUGUAGAGACUGUUGCCCCCCGCCCCCCCCAUAUUGCUGCAGCUUUGUGUUGCAGUUAGCACCUACCUUUAGAAAACAAAAAAAACCUGAGGGCAAUUGUCCAGCCCUUUCUCCAACUUGCCACAAUUCUUUCCUAGUCCUGCUUCCGCCUUCCUGAGCACUAAGUGCUGAUUCCAGCUUGAUACCAUCGGAAGCACUGGGGGCUCACUCCCCCUUCCACGACCUCUGCUGCCAGCAGAAGCACCAAAUUGGACUUGAUGCAAGACUAAAGCCCCUGGACCCUCAAAUUAAUUCUGCUUCACAGGGUGGGAUAAUCACUGAAAUUAGUUCGAGGUAUUUUUUUCUCCUGACCAGCACGGGUUGGAGAGAAUCUGUUACCUGCAAAGUUUGUCCCAAGGAUUAGACAAGCUUUUUAGGGCACAGAUCCCCAAACUCCUCUUUUUCUUGCAACUUAGAGGCACUAUUUGGCAACAGACAGCAGAGGAGCAACAUCCCACAUGCUGUUGGUGCUUUCAGGAUGCUGCUGUGGUUCCCAGAGUUUAUCAAUGAACUCCUUGCACUGGAGCAGCAGUUUCCCACAGGCCCAGAGCACCCAGUGCUCUGUAACAACAGGGCACCCACAGCUCUGGCUGCCAUCUGGAGGGGAGCAAAGAGAAAUCUCAUCUAGCAAAGAGAAAUAAACGUGAGCAGGAGGUGCUUCUGCCUCCUAAGCUGUAUCUCCAAAUAUCUUUAACUAUUGCAAAAGCAAGUAAACAAUGAUAAAUAUUGUUAUCUUGAGGGAGGCUGUUGACACCAACAUGCUUGACUUUGCAGGCUGAGUGCUGGCAGGGGCCAACAGCAGCUCAGCGGAGGGGCAGUCCUGCUGCUAAGGCACUGUGACCCCCUCUGCUCGACUUUGCAGGAGACUCUGCAAGGAUAAGGGAUGAAGCUGGGCUCAGUGUCUGAGCACUCAGGUGAUUCAUAUUGCAGAUAGAAAAAGCUUUCACUGAAGAUUUGCUAACAGAAAGUCAAAAGUGCCACCCCAGCAAGGGAAACUGUGCCACCUCUCCCUAUGUCUCUUGGCAGUGAAAUUUGUUCUUUCAUGUUUACUAGUUCUGGCAUUCAAUGCAAAUCAAACCCAACAGAAAACAAGUUUUUGCUUGCUCCUUCCUUUAUUUCUUUCCUCUUCCUCCUCCCUGAACUAUUUUUUCCUCAUAUUCUCUCUCCUUCAUGAACCAGCAGAAAGCUGGGUCUGUUAAGGAAUUUUACUGCCUUGGUAGAAACCCUGCAAAUCUACAUAAGCAGAAAAUCUUGUCACGUCUCCUCACAAAUUGAAAAGGAGAACUAAAUGAAAUCCCACUGGGAUGCUCUGGCUACCUCAGUGCAACAAGGUUCAGCUUAAGCUGCUUGUUUCACUUGCUGCAUUGCCUGGUUUUAAUCCAAUUUGGUUUGGGACACAUAAAAUAGCCGCUUUUCCGCCCUCCAGGAAGCAGCGGGUGCAACCAGAGCAGAGCAAAGUGCUGGCUGGUCCUGCCUCAUGUGCACACACCCCAAGCUGUGCUCACUUCUUGGCUCAGGCUUUAGCACUACCUUUUGUCAUCUGCAACAUUUGUGAUUGUGUUUGUCAAAAUGUCACCUGAGUCACAACCAACAGCUCAAGUGCGACCGUUGGUGCUACGGCAGCAAAGCCCCCGUGAUGUGAAGGCCAGGAGCUGGCUGCUUGCUCAUCCCCUCUUGGUCACCCCAUGGAUUACCACAGCCUAACACCAGAUCAUCCCUGUUAGAGGGAGACAUGGAGGACAGCCCUCCUCUGAGAGCAGGGCUCUGACUCCAGCUUCCCCUUCCCCACCAGCCGCCCCUCUGACACCACACCUCCCCAGGGAGCAGCAGGGGCUGCAUUGUUUCCAUCCAAGCAGCCACCACAGCCAGCUCUGUCCAGCACUGUGCUGUCCCCCAGGCCUGCUUUUACAGGAAUUAAAAUUAAAAAAGGUGCUGCCCUGCAACAGCCUGGAGAGAAAAAUGUUAAGAAGUGCCUGUGCACA